AUGUACCGCCAAGUCGAAAACCAAUACCUGACGGUGCCGCCCUCGGUGGCAUGCUCGUUGCCCACUAAGGCCCAGCGCCUGCUCGGCUACGGCGUGAGUCCACCGUUCUGCGGCUUCGCCACCGACUACAAGGACCCCAUGCAGGAGCUGUUCGGCGUGGUUGAUGCGGAGACGGUCGUGCUGUGA